UGUUGCGCGCCAGUCGCCGCCACCAUGUCUUCGCGAGCGGCCGCUCUGCUGCUCCUCCUGCUCUCAGUGGCGUUGCUGGCGGCGGCGCAGGCGCAGCAGCUGGAGUCGUGCCUGGACUUCUGCAAGAACGUCUACCGGCCGGUCUGCGCCGGAGACCCCGCGGGCGGGACCUUCACCAGGCAGUUCCGCAACUCCUGCGAGCUGCGCAGCUUCAACUGCCGCAACAAGACCAGACUGAAAAUUAUUGCUGAAGGACGAUGUAAAAGAGACAAGGGUACCAACAAGAACAAUGAACAAAAUGAACAAGCCUCAGCAAUUGAUAUUGGGAGCAACAGAUGAGGCAAAUACUCAAGAUUUGUUAUUUCUACUUUAUAAUUUUUCUACUGUGAGACUUGUGAUAUUUUUUUUAAUGUUACCUCCAAAAAGUUAAUAACACAGUAUUAUAAUUGUAAAUUUAUUGAAAUAAACUUAUUACACUAGACACA